AUGAGAACACAUACUAGCGAAAAACCUUACAAAUGUGAUGUAUGUGAUAAGGAAUUUGGUCAGAAAGGCAACUAUAAUGAACACAUGAGAAUUCAUACUGGGGAAAAACAUUUUAAAUGUGUUUUUUGUGAUCAAGAGUUUCACCGAGAAAGCACCUGUCGAAUUCACAUGAGAAAGCAUACUGGUGAACAACCUUACAGAUGUGAUGUUUGUGGAAAACAGUUUCGCAGAAAAAGGAAUUGUCUAACUCACAUGAGAACACAUACUGGCGAAAAACCUUACAAAUGUGAUAUUUGUGAAAAAAAGUUUGGCAAAAAAGAUAGUUGUCUAAUUCACAUGAGAACACAUACUGGUGAAAAACCUUACAAAUGUGAUGAAUGUGGUAAAGAAUUUAGUGCCAAGAGCAACUAUAAUGUACACAUGAAAAAACAUACUGGCGAAAAACCUUACGCAUGUUAUAUUUGUGGAAAAGAAUUUGGCCAAAGCAGUUCUUGUCGUACACACAUGAUAACACAUACUGGCGAAAAACCUUACAGAUGUGAUGUAUGUGGUAAAGCAUUUGGUCACAAAAGCAAUCGUAAUAAACACAUGAAAAUCCAUACUUGGAAAGAUAAGAUGUGAUAUUUUGAAAAAGAGUUGGCAGAAUCAGUAAUUGUCUGAGACAUACAAAAACACAUACUGAUAAAAGAUGACCUAAAAUGUGACGUAUGGGUACAAGCUUUAGUUCCGACGGUUAUUAUCGUAAAGACAUUAUAACCCAUACUUGUGAUGAAUAAUUGCAUGCACAUUUACCUGUAUCGGUAAAUAAUUUAGUGGAAAAAGUCACUUUUAUAGGCACACGAGAAUUCGUGAAAUUUACAAAAGUGGUGUACAUGUGUUGA